AUGCGAAAGAAUCUGCGACGCCAGGCUCAUCAAUCGAAGCGUUUGGGUCAUCAGAGAAUAACGUACUUAUUGUGGUUGUUCCUGAUGCCGACGACGGGGAUGAAGAUACUUCAUCAGAGUACAUGCCAAUUUAUCUCUCAUUUCUACCGUACUUAA